AUGGCGACGCAGAAAUUGAGCUCGUUGCUGCAGCACGCCUCCAUCGACGAUCACGAUGAACUCCUCCAGUCUGCCAAUGCCGCUCUGGCAAAGUCCAAGUCGGACGUCCAGGCUCAACAUGCCAAGGUGGUGGCUUUGGUGAAGCUCGACCGCUACGACGAUUGCCUACGGGUGUUUGAAGAUGGUGGCGAUUCUCUGAAGAAGCGCGCGGCUCUGGAAUAUGCCUACGCUCUGUACAAGACCGGACAGCUGGAUGCCGCGAUCGAGAUCGUCUCGAAGAUCACCAACAGCCGGGGUGCUCGUCACUUGGAGGCUCAAGCUGUAUGUGGCGGUUCCAAAUUACAUACCUAUUCUUCAUGGAUUGUGCUAAUGCGGAUCCGACCGUUAGAGCUAUCGUUCAGAAAAAUUCCGCCGUACCGCCGAAGUCUACGAAGACCUGACCAAGGACCAGUCGGCCUUGGACAACGAGGAAAACGAUCUCCGCAUCAAUGCCUGGGCUGCCGACGCUCAGUUACAGUGGAAAGGAUACUCCGAAUCUGUCCGUCAUAA